GUGAGACCGCUUUGUGGCAGCUGACAUGACCGCGAUCUCAACGCUUAUUUGUUGACGUGCGGCUAUAUUGCCCUUGGCAAUCACUCUCACCCUGAGAUGCCUGCUUCUCCUUCCGCCAGAGCGAUGGAGAAUAGUCCAUUCGCACCCUCCACCACAAGUUGGAGAAGAGCCAGGCUGACGCGCAUAGGGAGUGCUUCUACGCUGCGCGCAACGCCUGGCGCCGAGUCCGAGUCCGCUGCUCUUCGCUCCGAGAACGGUCGCUCCUAUGGCACUCUGGGACCCCACUCUCGCCAGAAACCCCCUCCCAUCACGCUGCCGCCCAACUCUUUCUCCAGCCCCUCGAGCCCGGCCCGAUCCCCCGCCGUUUCCGUAUUCCGGGACCUCGCGUACAGCCGGUUGAGCCAACGCCCGAUCAGUGCGUACGAUGCUCCGCCGCCUCCGGAGCAUAUGACGGACACGGAGGUUGAUGCUAAGAUUAAUGGAGUGCGGGUCUGGUACUCGUCGUUCACGUCAAUCGACUGGCUGCACGAUGCAAUUAAAGACUCGGUGCGCUUUUCACGACUCCGGAAACGGAAAUCUCUGCGUGCACGUGUACGCCUGGCGCUCGACAAGAGUUUGGGGUGGGCGAUAGUGACCAUCGUCGGCUUUCUCACUGCUGUGGUUGCUUUUUUGGUCGUCCGUGGAGAGCAAUGGCUGUUCGAUCUCAAGGAGGGUUAUUGCCGCGAGGGAUGGUAUAAAGCACAUCGCUUCUGCUGUCCUGAGCUUGCGGACGAUUUGGUCAACUCGUGUCCUGCGUGGAGAACGUGGUCGGAGGUGCUCGUACACGAUAAGUCCAGUCUCGGUUCAGAGGCUGUCGAAUAUCUGUCCUAUUCUGUCAUCGCGCUUGGCCUUGCCACACUGUCGUGCGCCUUGACGCUGUUCCUCACUAAUUCGACCACUUUCAGCACGCGAAAGGAGUCUGGUGUUCUCGGGUCUGGAUCCGGGGACGCCAAUGAUGUUCCUGAAAUGCCAAAGCGCAAAGUGAUGUAUUAUGCCGCAGGAAGUGGGAUCCCUGAGAUCAAGACGAUUCUUUCGGGCACUGUAGGAUUUGUGAUCCAUGGAUAUCUCGGAGGUCGUACGUUGUUUACGAAGGCAGUUGGGCUGGCUUUGUCCGUAGCAUCCGGGCUUUCCCUGGGCAAGGAAGGUCCCUUCGUGCACAUCGCCAGUUGCGUCGGCAAUAUCGUCAGCCGCUUUACCACGAAAUACGAAAACAACGAAGCCAAGAGACGGGAGAUUUUAAGUGCAGCAUGUGCAGCCGGUGUUGCAGUUGCGUUUGGAGCUCCGAUCGGUGGCACGUUGUUCAGUUUGGAAGAAGUGUCGUAUUAUUUCCCUCCCAAGGUCAUGUGGAGAAGCUUCUUCUGUGCCAUGAUUGCCGCAAUUACGCUGAAGAUUCUCGAUCCAUUUGGCACCGGCAAGCUUGUUCUCUUCCAAGUCACCUACGACAAGGACUGGCACGCGUUUGAACUGUUUCCGUUCCUACUACUCGGUGUCUUCGGUGGCAUCUACGGCGCCUUCUUCUCCAAGCUCAACUAUCGCUGGUCUCGUGACGUUCGCAAUCAAACAUGGCUCAAACAACAUCCUGUGGCCGAAGUCGUGCUCGUCACUGUGAUCACCUCAGCACUGUGUUUCCUCAACCCAUACACCCGGAUGGGCGGAACCGAGCUCGUCUACAACCUGUUCGCAGAGUGUCGCACCGGCUCAGGGAAUACUCAUUCGGGAUUGUGCGUCGUUGACCCUGGCUCGAUCGCCCACGUAUGGCCCGUUGCUCGGGCCAUCCUGAUCGCCUUGGUUGUCAAAGGCGGUCUGACAAUCAUUACUUUUGGGAUCAAAGUUCCCGCGGGGAUAUUUAUCCCUACUCUGGGUGUUGGGGCUUGCGCUGGCCGCAUCAUGGGCUUACUUGUCCAAUAUCUGCAAGUGAGGAACCCUGACUCAACAGUAUUUCGUGCAUGCGGAGGUGAUAUCGACUGUAUCGUUCCGGGUCUAUAUGCUAUGAUAGGUGCGGCAGCCGCUCUCAGCGGAGUGACGAGGACAACCAUCUCUCUCUGUGUGAUCAUGUUCGAACUCACGGACUCGUUAACUUACACUGUUCCAUUGAUGCUCAGCAUUCUUGUAGCCAAGACUCUUGCCGAUGCCCUUGAGCCCAAAGGCAUCUACGAUCUGGUGAUCGAUCUCUCCCAACUACCAUACCUCGACUCCAAGCACGAGUAUCUCUGGGGAAGCCUCCAGGUCAACGACGUCACGGUCCGAGAUGUCGAGGUCAUUCGCUUGGAUCAACCCAACACUGUCAAGACACUGAUCGACCAGCUGCAUGCACUGCUGGCCACUGGCAGCGACGAUAGCGGUUUCCCCAUCCUGCGCCAAGACGGCGGUGAAGACAGUCCGCGCAUGAUCGGCUACAUAGGUGCCAAUGAACUCGAGCAUGCAUUAAGUAUCGUUGCCGAUGAUCCCGAUGACCCCGUGCAAUUCCAUGUCGAAUUCUCGCACAGCCGUGGGCUUGCCUCGGCUUCCUUUUCAUCUCUUUUGGAAAGCGCCCAAGUUCCGGAAGUCGACCCCUUCGAUUUCAGCAUCUACAUGGACCAGGCACCUUUGACAGUCCAAUCCAACUCACCGUUGGAGAUGGUGCAUCAGUAUUUCACCAAACUCGGAGCUCGUUACGUGGUGGUGCUCGACACUGAUGGCUACUACGAAGGUGUGAUCGACAAGAAAACAUGGCUAGCUUUCUUGAGCGGACUCGAUGAGAAAUAAGGGACUUCUUGGCAUACCCAUCCACCGGAAGCAUACCAAUUGCACAUACCCGAUCUGCCUCACGCAUACUCACCUACUUUACCAUUACGCAGAACAUCGUACAUAACUCGCAUGUACAAACCAGACAUUUCUCAAUACAUUGGUAACUGACCGAUCAGAUCUAGACUACAACUCGGCAUGGUGGCAGUGCAAGCCCACACUGUCACUCUCAUCCCCCAUGCUUUACGCCUGAAGUUGUCGGUCCUGCGUCGCGAAUAUCUCCGAGCCAAUACGCUGACCCCAGUUGAUGCAACAUAUGAUAUGCAGAAGCGGCUUCAUGCCCAACGAAAGCACAUCGUCCAUUCGUUCAAAAGCUCUUGUAUCAGCUGCAUGUCCUCGCAUUUUUUCUGUAUCCCUCGCUGUCGGCUUUACUGGUUCGCGUCGCAUUGCAGCCCCAAUGCUCCAGGCUGCGAGAACUUGACACUCCGCGGUCCAUCCGCAUCUUUUUCGGGUUUUUCCUCAGUGUCAAUGCUACUAUCAUCCUCACCCGCGCCUUCACGAGUUCUGAGGACGGCAAAACAGCUAUUCUGGACUUCAUUGGGAGAGCACACCCCGUCUCGAAGGUCCAUGUUGUCUCCCUUGACCUCUUCAUUCUCUUCCUUCAGCUCGUUCUCGCGACCGUUGCGUACGAGGCGGGCCGCACUGAGAGUGAGUCGGCGACCACCAGGGAUGCCACAACCACUCCAGAAGAUGCACACGAGCUGAAAGCGUCUUUCCGGACACCUGACGCGCCUCCGUAUGUCAUCGAUCUUCGGAUGAAGACGGUCAUCAGGCUUCUCUUGAACCCUGCAUCGCCUCCAACCGGAGCGGAUGGUCUCCCGCUACCUAACACUACGCAAUGGCCUCUGCGGGCUAUCGGUUUGAGGAUGCUACUUGGAUUUGCGCCCACUCUCAGACGGGCGCCCAUAGUGGGUGUUCGACGGGAGGAGGAUGGUGCUGACCGGAUUCCUGGCGCUUUGGAUGGAUGAUUUGUAAACUACCGCUCUCGUGUAUUUAUCCGUAAACUCAAUUCAUAUAUUCUUCAACCAU